GUGGAUGAAACAAUGAUAGAGGAUGACGAAGAACGGAAUACUCGUGCUGAUGACGUUGAAUAUGUACGCACAGCGGUCAUAUGUGAUGCUCAAGAUCAGUAUAUGCAACAGUCGAGUCUCUGUUUGGUAUGUGGUGCGAUAGGUAAACCGCACACACAGGAAAGUUCGAUGAUCGCAUGUUGUAACUGUGCGCAGACGUUCCACACCUAUUGUGUAGGUCUUCAUGAAAAGUUGAAUCAGGCCGUUGUCAACAGAGGAUGGCGUUGCCUCGACUGCACUGUUUGUGAAGGAUGUGGAGAGGGCAAAGAUGAGUCGAAAUUGCUUUUGUGCGAAGAAUGUGAUGUUUCGUACCAUAUCUAUUGCUUAUCUCCUCCACUGGAACGCAUACCUAACGGACCUUGGAGGUGUCAGUGGUAA